CUGAGGGACUGAUAAGCAAACAGGAACUUGUUGUGCACUGACUUAAACGACCGAGGCUGGAUCACAGGUUGAAUCUGCCGUGUUUUUAGUCCCUUUAGGACUCCACAUGGAGCCAACAAAUCUACAGAAAGCUAUUGCCAUAGCACAGAAAGCCUCACAGGAAGACCAGGCUGAGAACUACGAAGAAGCCAUUCGCUCCUACCAACAUGCGGUCAAGUACUUUCUGCACAUCCUGAAACGUGAACCCCAGGGUAAAGAUGGAAACCAGAAGAUAAGAGAUUCAUGUAAACAGUACCUGGACAGAGUGGAAGUGCUGCAGGAGUUCUUAGCUAAUAAAGAGAAAGCCAUUGAUCUCGCCACCAAGGCCGCUCAGGAGGAUAAAGCUCAGAACUAUGAGGAGGCUCUGCGACUGUACCAGGCUGCUGUUCAGUACUUCCUUCAUGUGGUGAAAUAUGAAGCCCAGAGUGCCAAAGCUAAAGAAAGCAUCAGAGCAAAAUGUACUGAAUACUUGGACAGAGCAGAAAAGUUAAAGGAGUAUCUAAAGAAGAAAGAGAAGGCUCCUCCUGCUAAGCCUGUCAAAGAGUCACAGUCUGAUGACAGAGGGAAUGAAAGUGACGAAGGUGACGAUCCAGAGAAAAAGAAGUUCCAAAAUCAACUCUCAGGGGCAAUUGUUAUGGAGAAACCAAACAUCAAAUGGAGCGAUGUUGCUGGUUUGGAAGGAGCAAAGGAGGCACUGAAAGAAGCUGUUAUACUUCCAAUCAAAUUCCCCCACCUUUUCACAGGAAAGAGAGUUCCUUGGAGAGGGAUCUUGCUAUUUGGGCCACCGGGUACAGGAAAAUCAUAUUUGGCUAAAGCUGUUGCCACAGAAGCAAACAACUCAACGUUCUUCUCCAUCUCCUCAUCUGACCUCGUCUCCAAAUGGCUGGGAGAGAGUGAAAAGUUGGUAAAGAACCUCUUUAGCCUUGCAAGGGAACACAAACCCUCCAUUAUCUUCAUUGAUGAGAUUGACUCCCUGUGUGGCUCUCGAAGUGAAAAUGAGAGUGAGGCUGCACGCCGUAUUAAAACUGAAUUCCUGGUUCAGAUGCAGGGUGUGGGGGUUGACAAUGAAGGAGUGCUGGUACUUGGGGCAACAAACAUCCCUUGGACCUUAGAUUCAGCCAUCAGAAGAAGAUUCGAGAAGAGGAUCUACAUCCCACUGCCUGAAGAGCAUGCUCGCUCCUUCAUGUUCAAGCUCCACCUUGGCUCUACCCCCAACUGUCUCACUGAGUCUGACUUUGUCGCUCUGGGCAAGAAGACAGAAGGAUACUCAGGGGCUGAUAUCAGUAUCAUUGUCAGAGAUGCUUUAAUGCAGCCUGUUCGAAAGGUCCAGUCAGCAACCCACUUCAAAAGAGUUCGAGGGCCAUCAAGAACUGAUCCCAACAUCAUUGUAGAUGACCUCUUGACACCUUGUUCACCUGGUGAUCCCCAAGCAAUGGAAAUGUCAUGGAUGGACGUCCCUGGAGAAAAGCUAAUGGAACCUGUGGUGUCCAUGUCUGACAUGUUGAGAUCCCAGGCCCACACAAAGCCAACUGUAAAUGAACAAGAUCUGGAGAAACUGAAAAAAUUUACAGAGGACUUUGGUCAGGAAGGUUAGGAGUGGUCAUUUGAGAAAAGUCAAACCAAAGCAAAGUAAUUGUGAUUGUCUCUUACUGUCUUGGUCCGUUUUUGUGUUUGUCUCAUUCUAACCAUUCACCAGGCCUCAUGCUUUAUCAAAAGUGGCCUACACAACUGCUCUGUUCUGCCUUGCGAAUCUUUCAGAUUACACAAAAAAUUAAAUGGAGAACUGGUCUUCGUUGAUAUUCAAAUAUUGUCCGAAAAAGAGUAAACACUUUCCUUUGCAGCUGACCUGAUGAAAUAACGGGGAACUUCCAAAAAACAUUAGAUAACUAAUGUCAGAAACAGGCUUGCAAUAGCAUUGUUCACAAUUAUGACAAUAUGACUCAUAAUGUAUAAACUAAUUUUGACAACAAAUUAACAACAGUUAAUCUGAUGGUUGCUGGCAGACAUUUGGGACUCCAUCUCAUAGAUCAACUGUUCAUGUGCGGAGUGUGAACACAUGAUGCAAUGAUGUGGCAAUUUUUCAUGUUAAUUCUAAUUCAGGCAGACUUUUAGAUGUGUUUAUUGCACAUGUUUAUAUCACAGCAAAGAUUCAAAAUACAAUUUAUCUGUCAGCACUAACCCAAAAUGCUCAACAUUACAAAUAAAAAUGAUUUAAGUUAGAACCAGCACUAAUAUCUAUAUUUUUCAUAAGUCAGUGUACGUCUCAAAUAAGUGCCCCUUAUAACCUCUGUAUUUUGUAUUAAGAAAAAUAAGCAUUUUAUAGUGUAUACUGAACUUAGUGGAAUGUAAUUCAUGGACCAGUAACAUCAAGCAGGGCAUGUCAGUCUUUGAUAAGUCUUUUGAUUUUUGUGGGGAAAUGUGUCCUUGUAGUCUCAAGGUGGUGGACAGUGUAGACAUUUGAGACACAGAUAAUCAUUACAAGAACUGCUCCAAGCCCAGGGGCAAUUUUGGAUUGUUUAUUUGUUGUCUUUUGCAUUUGUUUACUGUGGUUUGGAUUCAACACGGUUGAAAGGGUGGAUCACCAAAGGUGCUGGACCAGCAUUGUAUCACAAUUUUCAAAAGACUUAAUAGCUUUGAUUUGAUUUAUCAUUCACCUCUUGUUUCUCUUUUCUUUUUUUUCUCUCUUCCACAACCCACUGUACAUAUUUUUUUUUUUUUUAAACUUAACAGGCUUUGCUUCUUUUCCUUAAUACAAACUGCAAAAAAACAAGCCUUAUAUUAUUAUGAAAUCACAUUGUAAAUUGUGAUAAAACAAGACUGAGAUGUUAUCAUUGAACAUUGAUGGCUCAGGUGGAGAGAUCAUCUUAGAAAACUAUCCAACAUAAGAAUUCACCUCCAAGCAGGACCUGUAUGUAGCCAUAAGUGGCGGUGUGGAACAUGUGCCUUCCAGAGAAGUUGCAAAACUAUGGUUAUUUUUAUUGGUUUGUUUCUAAUUUGGUCAGACUGUGUAUAUAUUCAAUGCUGUCACAACUAAGAAAUGUAUAAUACUUGCACAUUUCAUGUAUGCUCUUUUAGAGAUUGUAUACAACUGAACUUUUUUUCCUCAUAAGGUGUGCAAACUUUUUGUGUUUGGGAAUAUCUCUUACUUCACUGUAAAUGUCUAUACAUAUAGCCAGCCUUUAAGCCUUUUCUUUGUGAAGAGGUCACGUGCAUCAGAUUUUCAGUUCAUUUUCAUGAUGUAAAUAAAAAUGAAAGCUAUGUCAAAAA